AUGCUCUGUGGGCAAGCCACGCGGGACUGGCUUGAUGAGGACCGGGCUGUUCACCCAGGAAGCGUGUUCUUUACCCGGGUCAUGCCCGCCGCGCAGGACGUGAGCCUGGGCUUGGACUGGUUGACCCGCUAUGGCUACCUGCCGCCACCCCACCCAUCCCAGGCCCAGCUGCAGAGCCCUGCGAAGCUUCGGGAUGCCAUCAAGGUGAUGCAGAGGUUUGCUGGGCUGCCUGAGACCGGCGUCCUGGACCCAGUGACAGUGGCCACCAUGCAUAAGCCCCGCUGCUCCCUGCCCGAUGUGCUGGGGGUGGCAGGGCUGGUUAGGAGGCGCCGCCGCUAUGCUCUGAGCGGCGGUGUUUGGAAGAAGCGAACCCUGACAUGGAGGAUACAGUCCUUCCCCCGCAACUCUGUACUGAACCAGGAGACUGUGCGGACUCUCAUGCACCAUGCCCUGACCACCUGGGGUAUUGAGUCAGGCCUCAAAUUCCAGGAGGUGGGUUCUCAGGGCCAAACAGAGCCUGACAUCCUCAUCGACUUUGCCCGGGCCUACCACCAGGACGGUUACCCCUUCGACGGGCAGGGGGGCACCCUAGCCCACGCCUUCUUCCCCGGGGAGCAUUCCAUCUCUGGGGACACUCACUUCGACGAUGAGGAAAUCUGGACUUUUGGGUCAAAAGAUGGUGAGGGGACUGACCUGUUUGCUGUGGCUGUUCAUGAGUUUGGCCAUGCCCUGGGCCUGGGCCACUCCUCUGCACCUGACUCCAUCAUGAGGCCCUUUUACCAGGGCCCUGUUGGGGAUCCCACCAAGUACCGCCUGUCCCAGGAUGACCGUGAAGGACUGCAGCAGCUCUACGGGAAAGCGCCCCGGAACCCAUCUGAUGAGCCCACAAGGAAACCCCUGGCUCCUCCUCCCCCACCCCCUGCCCUGCCCCCAGACAGCCCCUCCCUCCCUGUCCCUGAUCGAUGUGAUGGCAAUUUUGAUGCCAUCGCCAACAUCCGUGGGGAAACCUUCUUCUUUAAAGGCCCCUGGUUCUGGCGCGUCCAACCCUCAGGACAGCUGGUGUCCCGCCGGCCUGCCCGCAUCCACCGCUUCUGGGAGGGGCUGCCGCUCCAGGUGAAUGUCAUCCAGGCUGCCUACGCCCGGCACCCAGAUGGCCGAAUCCUGCUCUUCAGUGGCGCGCAGUUCUGGGUGUUCAAGGACCGGCAGCUAGAGGGCGCCCCGCGGCCGCUGGCCGAGCUGGGGCUGCCGCCCGGGGAGGAGGUGGACGCCGUGUUCUCGUGGCCGCUGAACGGGAAGACCUACCUGGUCCGCGGCCAGCGCUACUGGCGGUUCGACGAGGCUGCGGCGCAACCGGACCCUGGCUACCCGCGCGACCUGAGUCUCUGGGAGGGGGCUCCUCUCACCCCCGACGAUGUCACCGUCAGCAACGCAGGUGACACCUACUUCUUCAAGGGCGUCCACUACUGGCGCUUUCCCAAGGGCAGCGUCAAGGCCGACCCGGACUCCCCCCAACCCAUGGGCCCCCAGUGGCUGGACUGCCCGGCCCCUGGCCCUCGCUCCCCCAGGCUCCCCAAAGCGACUCUCAGGCCUGGAACCUGCAACUGUCAGUGCGAGAUCAACCGGGCCGCGAGGCCGCCGUCGGUGCCCCUCCUGCUGCCCCUCCUGCCCCUGCUGGUGGGGGGCGUCACCUCCCGCUGAGCGGGG